AUGCUGUGUGAUUCGAUUACGGGAUACAUUUCCUCAUUCAAGAUAUACUCCGGCGUUGGACAGCCUUUAGCUAAAACAGUGAUGGAACUAUUGGCAUCUUCUUAUGGAAAGUGGUAUCACCUCUACAUGGAUAAUUAUUACAACAGUGUAGAACUUGCAGGGAAUUUACUUGAAAAGAAAAUUCGAGUUUGUGGAACGAUACGACAAAAUAGAGGAUUUUCGGAAAAAUUAAAGCGCGCAAAUGUCAAUGUAUUUGAAGCUUGUCAUCAACGGAAAGGUGAAGUACUCGCACAGGUAUGGAGAGCUUCGAAAACUAAAACGAUACGAAUGAUCUCUACAAUACAUAAUGCCACUUUGACUAACACUCAAAUAAAAUGUAGAAAAACCAAUUACACAAUAAAAAAACCUGAAAGUGUUUUAGACUACAACAAAUACAUGAAAGGAAUGGAUCGGGUAGAACAAUAUUUGAGUUAUUACCCUAUAUACAGAAAAACUAUAAAAUGGUCAAAAAAGGUUUGCAUGUACCUCUUUAAUUGCGUAUUAUUUAAUGCAUUCCAUACAUGUCAAUAUUUCAAUACAGAACACAAGAGACACCGCUUUCACGACUUUUUAUUGAAAAUGUCUGAUUCGUGGAUAAAAUACCAUGUACCUGCUUUUGAGCAAAACUUGGAGGUUGUCACUACAUCGCGUACGUCUCAUCAUGAUCCGGUUGACAGACUUUCCGGUCACAUAAAGCAACACCAAUUAGUACUUAUUUCCAAAACGAAUAAACGAAAACGAAGAAACUGCCACGUAUGUUCCAAAAACAAAAAAGAAGAAUAA